CGUCCGGUCUCCUGCAGGGCCGCGCUUCAGCUACCUCCGCUCGGCCUCCGCGCACCUGGCGCCCUCCUGCAGCUCCAGGCCCGGGCCGCCGCCUGCGUCGGCCCCCUGCCUCGCGAAGAUGGCUGCUGUCCGCCGGGCCCGCAGUUACUGCCGCUGCUUGGUGCGCUUCUCCGACCGAGAACUCUGCUAAGCCCCGCUGCGGGAGACGGGCAGGAGUAGACACCGGACACCGCACCCUCCCCGGGGAGUGGUGCCGAAGGCGCGGAGAGCCCGCCACCCGGCAGGCCGGCCCGCAAGCAUGGCAGAAGCUGAGGAAGAUUGUCAUUCUGAUACUGCCAGAGCAGGAGAUGACCAUGAGAAUGAAAGCCCUGCUGAAACAGACCUGCAGGCACAACUCCAGAUGUUCCGAGCUCAGUGGAUGUUUGAACUUGCCCCAGGUGUAGGCACUAGCACUGUAGAAACUCGAUCUUGCAGAGCAGCAAGAGGCUCUCUACUGAAAGCAGCAACAGAUGCCAAAGGAAAACAAGAACUGGCAAAAGAAGAAAAGGCUCGCGAAUUCUUCCUAAAAGCAGUAGAAGAAGAGCAGAAUGGAGCUCUUUAUGAAGCCAUCAAGUUUUAUCGUAGGGCUAUGCAACUUGUACCUGAUAUAGAGUUCAAGAUCACUUACACCCGGGCUCCAGAAGGUGAUGGCGUUGGAAGCAGCUACAUUGAAGAUAAUGAUGAUAGCAAGAUGGCAGAUCUCUUAUCCUACUUCCAGCAGCAGCUCACAUUUCAGGAGUCUGUGCUCAAACUGUGUCAGCCUGAGCUUGAGAACAGUCAGACUCACAUAUCAGCACUGCCCAUGGAGGUCCUGAUGUACAUCUUCCGAUGGGUGGUGUCUAAUGACUUGGACCUCAGAUCAUUGGAACAAUUGUCACUCGUGUGCAGAGGAUUCUAUAUCUGUGCCAGAGACCCUGAAAUAUGGCGUCUGGCCUGCUUGAAAGUGUGGGGUAGAAGCUGUGUUAAACUUGUUCCAUACUCAUCCUGGAGAGAGAUGUUUUUACAACGGCCUCGUGUUCGAUUUGAUGGAGUGUAUAUCAGUAAAACCACAUAUAUUCGUCAAGGGGAACAGUCUCUUGAUGGUUUCUACAGAGCCUGGCACCAAGUGGAAUAUUACAGGUACAACUGUAGUACACUGAGUUUCUUUAUCUUUUUACAUAGGUACAUAAGGUUCUUUCCCGAUGGCUAUGUGAUGAUGAUGACAACCCCUGAGGAGCCUCAGUCCAUUGUUCCGCGCUUAAGAACUAAGAAUACCAGAACUGAUGCAAUUCUACUGGGUCAUUAUCGCUUGUCACAAGAUACAGACAAUCAGACCAAAGUAUUUGCUGUAAUAACUAAGAAGAAAGAAGAAAAACCACUUGAUUACAAAUACAGAUAUUUUCGUCGUGUACCUGUACAAGAAGCAGAGCAUAGUUUUCAUGUGGGACUACAGCUGUGUUCCAGUGGCCACCAGAGAUUCAACAAACUUAUUUGGAUCCAUCAUUCUUGUCACAUUUCUUACAAAUCAACUGGUGAGACAGCAGUCAGUGCUUUUGAGAUUGACAAGAUGUAUACCCCCUUGUUCUUCGCCAGAGUGAGGAGCUACACUGCUUUCUCAGAAAGGCCUCUGUAGAGCCUCAAGCCCAGUCUCUCCACUGUUGCAUGAAUAAAAUCAUAUAGUGCAAAAGAGCACCUAAGUUAUAAAUGUACAUACAGACACACACACACACACACACACACACGCACACGGGAUUGGAACUUAUUUUAAAUUGUUGGAAUUCUUUUAAAAAGAGUAAAUUAUUUUUUUUAUUUAAAGAGAUACAUGGUUCUUAGGGUGUUUUGUUUUGAAACUGUAAGUUUAAGUGCAUUUAUGUUGUGAAAAACCUUUAUAUGAGUUGUAAACUCAUGUUCUUCUUCAAGCAGAUUUAUGAACAGAUAUCUGUCACUUAAGUCAUCUUCUGCCUGAUCAUCCUAAUACUUAAACGCAUCAGGGGAGAACUUCACUGGAUAAGUAUUUUAUUUCCCGCAUGGCAUAGUCUUUACUAAAGGCUCAAAAUGUGAAAACCUGUUCUGGAUUUGUAUGAUGCUGUUUAACCAAUAAAGAUCAUAAAUAAAUGUUUCUUUCAAGGAAA